UAAAGCGAACAUUCACAUAGUUGGCUUCAAAAUUUGGUUUCUUGUACACAAUUAAAAAUAUAAAAUGGCAUUUACAAAGUUAUUGCUAUUGACGCUAGUGACCGCCAUUAAUAUGCAGGAAAUUUACGGGCACGGAAUGAUGAUGGAUCCUGUAAAUAGAAGUAGUGCGUGGAGAAAAGGCUUUCCUGUAGAACCUAAUUAUACCGAUAAUCAACACUCCUGCGGCGGAUAUGGUAUUCAACAUGGAAAAAACGGUGGUAAGUGUGGAGAAUGCGGUGACGAUUAUUCUUUACCUCGACCACGACCAAACGAAAAUGGUGGCAUCUAUGGAUCAGGAGUCAUUGUACAAAAGUAUAAAACAGGUUCUGUUAUUGAUGUGAACGUUCGCCUCACCGCUAGUCAUAGUGGUCACUUUGAAUUCAGUCUUUGUCCACUAAAGACAGAAAAGGAAUUAGAAACUGAUGAGUGCUUCAAUAAAUAUCCUCUGCCACUGGCUGAUGGUAGUGGCUAUAAAUAUCCCAUUACCACCUACGGAGCUAAGGAUCACGUAAUCAAGCUGACUUUACCAAAGGAUGUCACAUGUAAACAAUGCGUAAUGAGAUGGCAUUAUCGUACCGGAAAUACCUGGGGCACUUGUGAAGACGGAACCAAAGGCAUGGGUUGUGGCCCUCAGGAAACAUUUAGAAGCUGCGCUGAUGUCUCCAUUACGAUUUAACUUGUCACUUCAAACUGGAUCUAUUAACUUUAUGUUUUUUUGAACGUUUAUUUUUUGAAAAUUUUUUAAUAUAAAAUUGAUUCUUUUAGUUGCUGAAAAAUCUCUCAUAUAAUCUGGAUUUGAUUGAAUAAAUAAAGGAAACAGAUGACAUAAAGUA